CCUUGGUGAUUACGGCCCUUCUGAGUUCUAAAUGCCCUAAACAGCUUUUCAGUGUUCUGUGCUCAGCACACUGCAGUUCAGUCGAAGUUGUCAUGUGACUGUUGGUGUCAGGCUCAAUCAUGGCUUCCUAGUUGCACUAAAGAGCGCAGAAUUUAAUGUUUUUCACAGUAUCUGGUUAAAGCAAAAGGUUUAUUCACAAUACAAUGUUUUUGAUGAAAUAUCGUAAUUGAAACUUUGUUUUGUUGCUUUGCUGACAGAAGCGUUUGUUGCACUUGACCUGUUCAAAGACCGUCGCAAAGAGGAAAAGCUGAUGAUAAUGACACUUUCUACAAGCUCUGGUUAGGAUGAACUAGUUUUGGCGAUUGUUGAAAGAAAGUAUGCUUUUCAAUCCCGCUGGCAGGUUUAGUGGUUCAGAGGGUUAAAGGGUUAGAUCCGACUUCUAGUUGUGUCUACUCAUUCGGAUAGUUCUGUACCAUGUGUGUGGUUGAAUACCAUUAGAAGAAGUAAAUGUGUUUAUUGAUAAUGAACCAUACUGUUUUGCUUUUCUUCUAUGUGAUGAUGUAGUCAUGGCAGCUAACAUUAUAAUUGAACAAAUGGUUCAUCAAUCGAAAAAAGGGCAUGUCAAUUCCGUCAACAGUGUCCCUCAUAUGGGCGUACUGCGACAAUACCAGAGCACUUAUCACUGUUAGGAACAUGUGAUACCGUGAGUCUGUAAUCACACAAUGAUGCGUAGUGCAAAGCAUUCAGGGAAUGUGGCCUUCGCUCUUUCUGCUCCUUCUUUCUUCUUUGGUUCCAACAGGAGGGAACCAAACCGUUCACUGCAUGUUUGGCUACUAGGAGGUCACUGCUAGAGGGUGCUGCUUCAUGUACUGUUAUGGGGACACUAUGAAACUUUAUCAAGCAAGCCAACUAUGACUUAAUGCUGCACCAGCAGACUUCUUCCUAAGCCCUUUUUCUUUUGAUGCAACGUCCCUAAGAAAAGUCGUCCUGACAUAGGACUGGAGAUAAACAAACAUUGAAGUGUGACGUUUCCCAUGUCGGCCUGGUUUCUUUAAAGUGAGAACCGGAUUAGAAUGGAAUAUAACGAGGCUAAAUGUUAAAGUCAUUCAUAUGAAAAUGUCAAUAAAAUGAGUAACAUUGCCGAGUGAAGUUUGUCAAGAAUGCAGAAUUCAAGCCUUUCUCUGCUGAUGCACUGCCUGCAUGCGCUGCUGGUAGAGCGGCUGCUGUGUCUCAGCCAGCAGACAAGUUCAAAAUCAUUUUAGAAUAUCUGGAAAAUUAAGCUUAACCGUUAGACUACAUACAGAUAGCUUUAGUUUGAGCUUUUGUUUCAUCCUAAGUGGCCAGAUCUUAAACAUUUCACACUUUUUUUUUUUUUUUUUAAAUCACCUCCCAGUAGUUGCUGUAGUUUGUCUUUAGUGUCGGCCAGAAUCUGAUAAUUGAAUGCAAUUUAGAGCUCUUAUGUUUCUAUUGUCGGCUAUAUCUGAAGACUGCAAAUCUGUUGCAGAUCUUGUGAUGACAGAGCCGGCAGGCCUGUUCGGUCACGUUGAGUGUCUCUCAGCCCCGCCCAGAUACCCGCCGCCUUAGAUAUGCACCAGUCCGACGAGCGGGUCAGGUGUGACACUGGUCUCAGCGCAACACAGUAGUUCAGAGGAUUUCGAUGCUGAAUGAUCGUUCCUAGGAACAUUGCUUUCUUUUGGUUUUUCAUGAACUUUUUAGGGGAAUUCUUGCGGCUCUACAAUUCAUCUCGAGUGGAAAGUUUAAUGAAUUUCCUGUGGACUGUUUGGGAAGCAGCCUGUUAGACUUCAGGCCAACACAGUGCCGCUGACUCUGCCAUGAGACACGGCUUGUCGUGAACGCCCACCUUUCGCUCCAUGCAACGCUUUCCUCACCACAUCUUGCCAAUGGACCCUCAGGUGUGUCCGCUGCCUCUGAGUAGCAGCCUGUCGGUGAUCAGCGGCGUGGACAAAUCCCCGGCCAGCGUGUUCAAGCCCGGCCACUCGCGGACCAGCAGCACCGGCUCCUCCAAACAAUCAAAGCAGUCUCGUGACUGGGAGGUGAUGGACGACCUGCAGCAGCGGGAUAUGUACUCUGUUCCCGGCUCCUCUGUGGACCUCAGCAUCCCUGGGAUCUGUGAGGGCUACUUGAUGAAGAAGAGGAAGUACCCGCUCAAAGGCUGGCACAAGAGAUACUUCCUGCUGGAGAAAGGAAUUCUCAAGUACUCAAAGACACAGCAAGAUAUUCAGAGAGGGAAGCUCCACGGCUCUCUGGACGUCAGCCUGGCGGUCAUGUCCAUCAACAAGAAGACCAAAGGCUUAGACCUGGACGCUGGGGACAACAUCUACCACCUCAAGGCAAAGAGCCAUGACAUCUUCUACAUCUGGUUGACCAAGCUGUGUGCCCAUCGUGUAUUCACAAAAAACGAGGCGAUGAGUGUCCAUCAUGGUGUCCUUCACGCUCUCUCCUUGAGCCCGAGCAACCUGCCGACCGCGGCCACUCUCGCCCAGACCAACAGAGAGAUGCCCGCUCACUACGCCAGCUUAGCGUCGGUGUACGACCCAGACAUGGAAAGCCCCGCCCCCGCCCCCGCCCCCGCCGUCUCCUCUCACCCGGGGGUGACCAGCAAGGUGUCUGCAUGGCUGCAGCAGACCCACGACAUCGACGGUACCUCCAACGACCUGGCUCGCUGUCAGGUGGAGAUGACGGAGCUGGCCCUGCUCAUCCAGCGGCUCCAUUGGCUGGAGGGAGGCCUGCCCAUCACCAACACAGACCUGGAGAUGCGAAUCAGCAUGCAGAAUCUGUCACUGGAGAAACCCAAGAAGAAGACGGGGAAAGGGUUCGGUCACUCCAGGACUUUGUCCCGCGUUGAAGCCAUGGGGGGGAUGUUCACUUCCAGCCACCUGAGCACCAGCCACCCGAGCACCAACAGCAGCUCCGGGUUGGGGCCGUCCGUUCAGUCCAUCCCCGACUACGUCUACUCUCAGCUGUCCAACCCUCAGGUCUCCUCGCCAGAGGCCAAGAAGCUCCACCAGGACAUCUGCACGUCUUCUCAGAGGGUUCAUGCGUCUCUCAAGUCCAUUCAUGAGGUUUUGACCUUGGAGAGAGAGAGACUGAGGCAGGCCUGGACCGGCCCGGACCUGAGGCACAACACGUCACAGCAGUUCGCUACACUCUGCAACACACUGUCUGAGCUUGACAUACAGUCCCGUCUGACUAAAGUCCAUUCGGUUUCACUGUCCUCUGACUCUACUGAUGAAUCCUUCUGCACCGUCCGUCCUGACCAGAGGACACCGUCCAUGGGCCGUCCCUGCCACCGUGCGCCCUCUGUGGCGGACUCCAUGGCCGAGUAUUUCGACGCCAGCGAGGUGAUCGGGUGCGAGAGCUCGUCGGAGGCCGAGGCGUCGGACGAGUCGGGCCUGAGCGACAUCACCACCACCAGCAACUCCGAGCCGGAUGAGGGACACGCCACCGCCACCCUCAACUACCGCGCCAGUCUGAACAACGUUCCAGAAGUACCCAGCCUAGUGCCCUCCAAUACCGGUCGUCGCACUGUCCUCCCCGCCUCGGGAACAGACAACAGCCACAUCGGCAUCAUGAGCAUCCUGUACAACAACAUCGGCAAGGACCUGUCCAGAAUCUCCAUGCCGGUGGAUCUCAACGAGCCGCUGUCGCUGCUGCAGAGACUCAGCGAAGAGCUGGAGUACUCGGAGCUGCUGGACAUCGCCAACCGCACGGAUGAUCCGUAUGAGAGAAUGGUAUACGUGGCAGCAUUCUCCAUCUCUGGGUAUGCCUGGGCGUCCUGGAGGAAUCGCUACAAGCCCUUCAACCCGAUUUUGGGAGAAACGUACGAGAGUCACAGAGAAGACCGAGCCUUCCACUACAUCAGCGAGCAGGUCAGCCAUCACCCGCCCGUCUCUGCCUGCCACGCCGAGUCCGAAAACUUCACUUUCUGGCAAGAUCAGAGAUGGAAGAACAAGUUCUGGGGGAAGUCUAUGGAGAUGCUCUCCUCUGGACUGGUCAAUGUUGCCCUACCCAAGUACGGUGACCACUACGAGUGGAACAAGGCAGUGACUUGUAUCCACAACGUGCUGAGUCAGGAGCGCUGGUUGGAGCACUACGGUGAGGUGGUCAUCAAAAACACAAAGAGCGACGCCUGCACCUGCAAGAUCACCUUUGUCAAGUCUCGCUACUGGAGCUCAGACAACGGUAAGAACGAGGUGCAGGGCGUGGUCCUGGACCGGACUGGAGAGGUGGUACAUCGCUUUGGAGGCCUCUGGCAUGAGGGCAUUUUCUGUGAUACCAUGUCGACACCAAAGUGCAUCUGGAAGCCCAACGUGCAGCCCGAUGACUACGCUCAGUUCUACGGUUUCUCCCAAUACGCCAGAGAACUAAACGAGCUGACACCCGAGCUGAAAGCAGUCCUCCCGUCUACAGACACGCGCUUCAGACCAGACCAGAGGCUCUUGGAGGAGGGCAAGGUAGCAGAAGCAGAUAAAACAAAGGACAAAGUGGAGGAGAAGCAGAGGGAGAGAAGGAAGGAGAUGACCAAGAGAGGGGAGGAGCACAUCCCCAGGUUCUUCAGGAAAUCUGUGGACGAGGCUGGCAGAGAGGUGUGGCUGAGCAACGGAACGUACUAUAAGCUGCGCACAGACCCCGGCUUCACCAUCACUGAGAACCUGGACCUGUGGUAGAACACAGCUUUACGCCGAGGAACCAAACUAGCCAGCUGCUAAACCAUUGUAAUAUAUAAUGAAGAGCAAGAAUACGCCCCGCAAAUAGUAAAAAUGAACUGUUUUCAUGUUAGUCUGAUAACUUCUGCCUGAAUACGCUGUAGUGACUCGUCAUCAGAGGGCCAGAGGUCUGCUGCUAUGGGCGUUUGAAGAGGCACAAAUGAUCCUCUCGUUCUGGUGAGGUGCCACUUGGAACAAAUGAAGACUGAUUUGGAUGAAGCCGGGUGUCCCUCCUGCCUUUGGCCGUACCAUGACGGAGACCUUUAAAUAUGAUCGAUCGGGAUUCAAAAGCAAAUCUCAACUUGAACUCCGGUUUUUAAAGUCGUCGUCACGACCCUCGAGAAACUGGUGUGUUGGGGUCGAGGCUUCUCUCUGUAUGUAAAGUGUUGUGUAUCAUAUUGGCGGGUUUCAGAUAAUGUUCUAGUUUUUGUUUUGUUUAACCAUGUCAAUAUAUUUUUAAUAAGGCUCGCUUAAUGAAAUCAGAAAUGAGUAUCUUCCUGCGGAGGGAUCAGAGCACACGGAGGGCUGAUCGGGGCCUAGUGGGGUCAAUUACAGGUGAACUGGUGCUGUCCUGCUUUCUCUCUCAGUGGGUCUUAGUGUAAAUACUUGUGCUCGUUUUUUUUAAAUCGGCGCGCAUUUUAUCUUCUGAUGUUUACUGUCUGCACGUAGGUGAUGCAUUGUUUUUCUAAGGCUAGCAGUCGUGUUAGCCUAGCCUUCUUCCUCCCUCCACCCGUGUGAUUGGUUGAUGUCCUCUCGACCUCUGCGCUCUGUUGAUGCAGUGAAGUAUUGUUAUUGAUGUUUUUAACAAAGGAUUUUAAUAAGGAAAAGAGACUACUGUUAAACCCCCAGUGAAAUGUGUUUUCUUAUGCUUUUGUUUCAAAUAAAAGGUUCCAUAAUCAACACGGUUGAUGUGUUGU